GACCUCACUCUGCACUCGCUGAGCUCUCUCUAAAAGGCUCGUCUGGCAGACACCCACACCUUGUAGGAGACGCCAUGCCGAAGAUUCGCACCUCCAGAACGAAGAAGCCGCCAGAGGGCUAUGAGGAUAUCGAGGAAAUUCUCGACGACUAUGCGAAGAAGAUGCGAGAUGCGGAGAACGAGUCUCAUGAAGGCAAGCGCAAGACAGAGUCCCUGUGGCCCAUCAUGCGCAUAUCCCACACCCGGUCGCGGUAUAUCUACGAGUUGUACUACAAACGCGAGGCCAUCAGCAAGGAGCUGUACGACUGGCUUCUCAAGGAGGGUUAUGCGGAUGCCAACCUCAUCGCGAAGUGGAAGAAGGCUGGGUAUGAGAAAUUGUGCUGUCUACGGUGCAUCCAGACUCGGGACAUGAACUAUCAGGGGUCUACAUGUAUCUGCCGAGUACCGAAGGCUCAGCUUAGGGAAGGCACCGUGGUAGAGUGUGUGCACUGUGGCUGUCGCGGGUGCAGCUCGGACUCGUGAUUAUAUUUGUAUUGCUCUGCCAUCUGCUGUGACGCUCGUGGGCGGUUCGACCACGGUACCGCCCAGCUGCGUAUUCUCCCGAUGUAAUUUUACUGUUCAUGAUCUUGAAGCGACUGCUUGCGCAGUCGACCAUUCGACAGCGCG